AUGUAUGGUCAGCACAUGAGUUCUAAGCUAGAAGAGGUCACCAUCAAAUUGCAUGAUGUUGUUGACCAAAAAAAAGAUCUUGGUUUGAAUGUAGCUGUUCUGAGAUCAGAUAUAACAGAGAGACCGUUGGAGGAAACUUCACUGGUUGAUGAGUCCAAAAUCAUGGGUCGGGAAGGGGAUAAAAUGACUUUGUUGGAGAAGUUGUUGGGAAAUGAAGAAAGUGAUAAAAAUGUGAGCAUAGUUUCGAUAGUUGGUAUGGGUGGUAUAGGCAAAACCACCCUUGCCAAAGUUUUAUACAACUAG